GUCGUUUUAAAGGUGUGUAAACAUUAACCAGAGCCACAGAGAGCUCAGGCUUCGAGGGAGCGCAGUGUGAGGGGCAGAAAUCUUAAAUCGUGAAGGAGCAGAAUUUCAGGAUGCCUCUGGACUUCAAGCUUAGCGUUUACUUCUGCUUCGUGAUCAUUUCAUCCGUACGAACGUCGCUCGCUCGUUCGCAUUCUGAUACGGAAGAAUCGCUGAAAGACGACAAUCAGGUCUCACGUACAGAGGAGCGCUUAGAGGACGCUUUUGAGGAGCAAGGAUAUUACCUGCAGCGCCUGUUCCUGGAGUAUGGCAGCAACGGCACCCUGACCUAUGAAGGUCUACAGAAGUUACUGGGCAGCCUGGGACUUGGCGAGGUCAGCGUCCUGGAGAUCAGACACGGUGCGGUGAUGCAUUCUUCUCCAAGCCUGGCUCAUAUUCACCAACAUUUAAAAGAAGACCAUCAUCAUCAUCCUCAUCAGCCCUCAUCAACUCAAGACUCUGAGACUCUGACGAUUAAAGCGAAAGAAGAGAUUCCUGCAAUCGAUGUCAAAGUCGUGGUGCACGGAUCUUCAGGACAGGGAGAUGGUUCACAAACGACAUCAUCGCUUGGCACAGAAAAAACAUUACUGCUCUCUGAUCAUCCGACAAAGAAUCACCUCCAUGAGAAUUGUCUGAACGUCACACAGCUUCUGUGGAACUUCGGCUUGGAUCAGGCGUCUCACAUCACCCCAGAUCACUUCACCUUCCUGUGUCCCGCUCUGCUCUAUCAGAUAGACAGCGGCGUGUGUCUCCGCCACACGAACCCUCACACGCAGAAAGACGGAAAUAGUGUGGCUUUUCUCAGAGCUCUGGGUUGGGCCUCUGUGUCGCUGUUAGUAAUCAGUCUGCCGUCCCUCCUGGCCCUCGGACUGACUCCUCUGGUACCCCCUGCUGCCCUACGGAGCUUCCUGUGCCCCAUGGCGGCCAUGGCAGUGGGCACGCUUUGUGGAGACGCCCUGCUGCACCUACUGCCUCAUGCGAACUCUGGGCCACACAGCGAUCACCAGAAUGCAGUGUUAAAGGGCUUAAGUGUACUCGGGGGACUUUACCUGCUCUUCAUGUUUGAGAGUAUUCUUAGUCUCAGACACAGCUAUAAGAAGUCAAAGAAAAGAAAGCAGAAUGUAACAGAGGCUCGGGAGAUGGAGGCGUUAGAGGGUUCUUCUACUCUUGAUUGCUCUGUGAACCCUGAGUCUGGUCACGGUCAUUCUCAUACAGCGCCGGAUCGAAGCUCCUCCAGCCUCAGCACCGUCGCCUGGAUGGUCAUCAUGGGAGACGGGAUCCACAACCUCACUGACGGGCUAGCGAUCGGUGUGGCGUUUUCUCAGAGCCUGACUGGAGGACUCAGUACAGCUAUCGCUGUCUUCUGCCAUGAGCUUCCUCAUGAGCUGGGUGAUCUGGCCAUGCUGCUGGCUGCAGGUUGGCCUAUACGAAGAUUGGCACUCUUCAGCUUGCUCUCGGCCCUGCUGGGCUACGUGGGGGUGCUGACUGGUACUGCACUGGGGCACCAGUGGGCACAGCACUCGCCCUGGAUCCUCACACUCACCGCUGGAGUCUUUCUCUACGUGGCCCUCACUGACAUGAUGCCUGAGAUGCUGCAUGGAGACCGAGGUUCAGCGAGUCCCCUCAUCUCUUUUCUCCUGCAGAGCGUCGGCCUGCUCACCGGAGGAGCCAUCAUGCUGUGCAUCGCUCUCUUCGAGGAGAACAUCAGCGUUAACUUGGGGGAUGGAUGAGAGACAGAAAAUAGCACGUGUGGAAUCAUUGACCAGCACCAAACCUUGCUAAAGUGGACUUCUCUUAGCUACUUGGGUUUGCGUACUGAAAGAACUGUACAGGAAGGAGGAAAGCAGCAACAUUUUUUUCUGCUACGUAGUUUUAUAUUAAGGAUUUUUAAUCUGACAUGUAAUUUAAUAAUUGGUCACUUAUUACACCUGAUAAAGACAUCUGAUAUAGCGUAAUAUCGUAAUAUUUUGCAUUAACUGAUGUGCUGUACGUUAAAUGUAUAAAUUUCUAUCUUGUGUGUGAAUAUCAGUGCUAGCCAGCAACAGUUUAUACACUUUACAGCUAAUGCUACAUAGACACUAGCCUAAAAACUAGCCAACUGACCUGAGAAGAUUUCUGUAAAUAUUUUAAAAUUGUAUUUCUAAACAUUUCAUCUUUAUAAUAAUCAUCUUUACAGCUAAUUCUAAGUAAUACAUAAAUAAAUAUCCAGCUAGCAAGAGCUAA